AUGACAGAUUCACCAAGAACAAGUACAGGUUAUGAUGAUAUGUACUCAGACAUCAUAAAAAACAACAACUAUUAUGAAGAUGUAACUCACAAUCAAACACCACAAGCGUCAGAUGCAAUACCGAUACCAAGUCCUAUUCCAGAACCACCUGAGAAAUCAUUUAAUAAUGAAAUAAGUCCGAAUAUAAAAUUUCCAACACAUGUAAAAAUUUAUCGUACUAUAAAUACAUUUAAAAUUUUAGCUUUAAUUCUUUAUGUAGUUCUCUGGAUAUAUAAGAUAAUUUAUAAUGCUGUUAAAAUUUCUUCCGAUCCCUCAUUUGCAAAUUUGCCUUAUCCCAUUUAUUAUAAUCCAUCUGCUUCAUAUGGUGGUGCUAUAAUCAUGACUCUUGUAUUCACUUUAUCGAUUAUUUUUCUUGUAAUAGAAUUUGCUUAUCUUUUUCUUACAUAUAGACAACUCUUUAUUACGAAAAGCCACGCUAUUGUAUCUUUAUUAAUAUUUUUCAUUUACCUUGCUUUUGCAUUAGCUUUUAAUAUUGUUGUUGGUCUGGGUAUAUUAAAUUCGGAUAUAUAUUCCGCUAUGAUUACUUUAUUAUGGAUCAUACCUCUUCUUUCAUUAUUAGAAUUCUUUGCUGGUUAUUCAGAAUGGCCUAUAAUUGGAGAGUUUACAAUUAGAGGUUUAAAUUCUUAUUAUAUUAAAAAUGCUUUAACUAUUUCUAUUGUCGGAAUUAUUAAUUUGAUUUUUGAAGCUAUUCUUUUCGUUUUUCAUAGAUUUCAAUUUUCUGAAAGUGUUUUAAAAAUU